AUGCUUUUUGAGCCGUCAGGUGUGCUCCGCUCGGACUACGGGGCUUACUGCCAUGCCCUUGGCUUCACAGAGCGGGAGGAGGUGUACCGCUCCAUUUUUACCAGCGAGGAGCGAAGGCAAGAGAAGGAAGUCAAAUACCUCGAGGCGCAUUCUCCGUCUGAUGCUGACACCAAUGCGGAUGCGGCGGCUUUUUUGUCAUUCUCGCAGAAACAAUCCACAGUUGCCGCUGCCACUGCCGCUGUUACCCCCAACAAAGUGAACACCACUGCUGCUAAUAAUACACCUGCUUCUGCUGGUCGUAAGGGACGUAAAGCUUCGAGUGUGAAUGCGAAAGGCAAGAAAAAGGGUGCGGCGACGGAGGAUCCUGCAAAGGCUUUGGAGAACGCAGCUCCACUGACGCUUACGUUUAUCGUGAUGCGUCAACUCAAGUUCUGUCUCAACAGGCGUGACAUAAAACCUUUAGCGCUUGCGAUACCGCAUUGCGUCUCGCUUGUCUCGGUUGAGUUUGUUGGCUGCGGUUUGUCGGAAGAGAGCUAUUUCUUGCUCGUGGAGGCGCUUUACAAGAGUCGCCGUGUGGCCUCUGUGACGAUUGACUUCAACAGCUCCUCCAAUCCGGGAUUCUAUGUGGAUCCAGUCCUCUCUCCUGGGGCAACCUUCCAAACAGCAAACCAGACGACAGUCGUGUCGUUUACUGACGUGACGCCAGAAUUGGCGUUGAGCCAACCGACCACUGAUUCCUUGCCGGGGAGCUCGCGGCGCUCUGUCGUGCUGCGCAGUGGGGGCCCCACGCUUACCGGAGAGAAUUUACUGUCAUUGAGGGAACAGUCCGGCUUAGAAGGACCCACCUUUGCUCCCUCAGAGUACAGAGGCCUGCGAAGCGUGCUGUUAUCGCUCGAACAACAAUCUCGCGAGGAGAAGGGGCGGAAGGGAAAAGUCGACUCAAAGAAGCAGACGCAGCUACAACAGCAGCUGGAUAGCCUUGCGCAGAUUGACAAGGAGAACCCCGUCACUGUGCCGCGUGGGUGGGCCUCGAUGCUGCUGACGGGUGUAAAGCAUCUGAGCCUGCGGGGGAACGGUAUAACAAGCGAGGACGUUGCAUUAAUGGCAUCACUGCUGCUUCGUCAUCCGCGUAGUGAACUGGUUAGCCUUAAUCUGUGGGGCAAUCGCAUUGACGAUGAAGGCGCUGUGGCUCUCGCAAAACUACUGAAGGAAAACCGUACAUUACAAGUGCUAGACUUGGGCCAUAACGAUAUUGCGGACGUGGGACUUCUCACUUUGGUGGAUUGUUUUUGCAUGCAGGAAAUGCCGCUUGAAAGCCUGCCGGGUUAUCGCAAGCGACAACUUUUGCGUCGCGAUGCGACCGCGCGAGAGCGGCAGCUGGCGUCAACGCCGCCCCCAACGUAUCCCAGCUAUCAGGAACUUUACACGGCGUGGCAUCAAGCCAGGUACCCUGCUCUUGCUGAGGAAAAGAAGGAAUCCAAAAAGGGAACACAAACGAAAACCAAAAAGGCAGAGCCUCUUUUGGUGCGUCCAACGUCGCCUUUUGACCGUGAUUGCUUUCGCAUGGAGAACUCUGUGCGUGUGCCUGGCAAUACCGUAUUGCGUUGUGUUAAUCUGGGAAACAACCCGCGGGUGACACUGGACGGCGCGCGCGAGGCACUGCGUGUUUUGUCUCUACAUGAGCCUUCAGACGAUAAAGAGAUGUCAGCACUGCAGAAUUGUGUGGUGCAACCACCGGAGCUUUACUGCGCCUCCAUCAAGUUACACACUUUUGUGAUUUUACACGACGGUGAUCCCGGCCUGCGGGCGGUACAGAAGGAACUGAGCGAUAUGCUUUACAAGCGUCUGCUUCUUUUACCGCAGGCUCCUGUGGAGACCGAAGUGCCAGGCGAUGACCCUAAAAGGAAGUCCCCUCGCGCUAAGAAGUGA